UCACGGUUGAUAAUGGUUCGCAUCGAGUAGAGGCAGCGUCAUCGACCACAUACGUCUACGUACGAGGUCUGCCAAACGUGACACUCUUCAAUUACGUCACGUACUACUGCACGCAUCGGCCAGUGCUCAUCUUCCACGAAACAGCGCCAUUAUCCAAACGCAUCAGCAUAUAAUAUGAGUGAACGUUGCUAUACUAGUCGCCUCUUCUUCGUCUCAUGCUGGCCUCAGUUAAAAUUUAGGUGUUGCAACCGCGCUUCUCCGUUUCACGAUUCUUUCGCGUUGUUUCUCGCAAUUAUACCAAACGCAGCAGCAUACAACGACGAAACAGCAGGUGACAUAGCAAAUGCUUACGCAUCAUUUAGAUAACUCCCACAGGAGACUUUCCGCGCAAUUUUCCUGUAAUGAAGCUUUAGUGUAAACUAGAUGCUCAGCCACCGCCUGGGCAUCCGGAGCAUCGCCUGUCCAUCCCAGUGCCGUACGAGAAGAGACCGCCCAGCUGCUGCGAUGCGUUCCUUUUGGCAGCAGUGCGGAGGGAAGGGUCAAGGCAUGCAUUACACAAUGGGGUUGCAGGCGCGAGGAGGCACCGCGGCGAGAGCAGGAAGCACGCCGCGACCGCUCGCUGUUUCUGUACGCGAGGCCGAGGGGGGGCGAUCUUUGAGAGGCGCAGCGUGCGCCUGCUGCUGCUGCUGCUGCCGCUGGCAGGAUCGGCAGUGAGGCGCGAGGAGGGGGCAGCCGGCAGCGGACCCGAAAACCCAAAUACGGGGCCACCAUAUCGCGAAGGGGGCCGCCAUGGCGGCACUUUCGCCUACGACGCUACGACGGCGUCGCCACGACGGGCGGCCGGAGCACGCGGAAGCCAGGAAGCACGUGUUACGACUGACCAGGUGCACCGCGCGGCCCGGGCAUGUCGUCCUCGGCCCCACCGCUGCGCGUGGCCGUACUCGGGUCGGGGCCCUCGGGCCUGGCGGCGGCCAAGUCCUGCCUCGAGGCCGGCCUCGAGCCCGUCGUGUUCGAGCAGGCGGAAGCGCUGGGUGGCCUGUGGCGUUUCCGGCACGACAGCUCCCCGGGACGGCCGUCGGUGAUGCGGUCGACGGUGAUCAACUCGAGCAAAGAGCUGACGGCGUUCAGCGACUUCCCGCCGCCAGCCCACUUUCCGAACUACAUGCACCACUCGGUUCUGCUCGAGUACCUGCAGAUGUACGCGCGCCACUUCCGAGUAGCCGAGACGAUCCGCUUCGGACACCAGGUGCUGCGGAUCACGCCCACCCACGACCACCAGCAGAGCGGCAGGUGGGACGUGACGGUCAAAGACCUGGCCACGGGCAGCGUCGCGUGUUCGCCCUUCGACGCCGUCAUGGUGUGUACGGGCCACCACGCCUUCCCGGCGCGGCCCGCGCCGAUGCGGGGCCUGCAGCGCUUCGGCGGGCCCGUGCUGCACAGCCACGCAGUGAAGGACUGCCUGCGCUUCCGAGACCGGCGGCUGCUCGUGCUGGGAGCCGGAAACUCCGCCAUGGACGUCGCCACCGAGGCCAGUCUCUUCGCGCGAAAGGUGUACCUGAGCACACGCCGCGGCACCUGGGUUUUGCACCGGGUGGCGCCCAACGGGUUGCCCAUGGACACGCUCAUCCAGCGCCGCUACUUCCAGCACUUGCCCCUGUGGCUGCUCAACCUCAUGGCGGAGCGCGAGUGCCAGAGGCUGCUCAACCACGAGCUGUUCGGCCUGAAGCCCCGACACCGCCUCUUCCAGCAGCACCCGACCAUCAACGACGCACUCGCCAACCGGGUGCUCAGCGGCACUCUGGUCAUCAAGGGCGACGUCGACGAAUUCACGGAGACCGGCGUCCGCUUCCGCGGCGACGCCGAGGACACCAAGGUCGACGACGUCGUGCUCGCCACGGGAUACGACAUCAAGUUUCCCUUCUUGGACGAGUCGCUGCUGCGGAUUGAGGGCAAUCGGCUUCCGCUGUUCAGAUACGUGUUCCCGGCACACCUGGAACAUCCCGAGACCCUGAGCUUCCUAGGCUAUAUCCAGCCGCUCGGCGCAAUAAACCCGAUCGCCGAGAUGCAAGCACGCUGGGUCGUCCAGGUGCUUCUAGGCAACGUCCGGCUACCUUCCAAGGAGGAGAUGAUGUCCGACGUGGAGCGUACGGAGACGUCGCAACGCUCACGCUACGUGUCCAGCCCGCGACACACCAUCCAGGUGGACUACAUGCCGUACACGCGCGACCUGGCUGGCCGCAUCGGCGCCGACCCGAGCCUCGUCAGGGCUCUGUUGCAGCGGCCGGCGCUUUUCUGGGCGUUACUCGCAGGACCGCAAGUGCCCUACAUGUUCCGGCUGCAAGGGCCGCACUCGUGGCCCGGAGCGGCAGAGGCCGUGAUUGGCACACAGCGGCGCAUCGAGGCACCGAUCAGGACGAGGCGCCAUUCGGCCGUUGAAGACAGCGGCGGUGGCGGCGGAGUCUCUUCGCCGCGGCCACUGAACAAGCUCUUGGGUGCCGACAGGAUUGUCGCUCACGCUCUCGAGAUGGCCAUCGUCAUCGUCAGUGUGUGCGUGGUCGUCGUGCCACUGUUGGUGAACUACCUGUUCGCGUGA